AUGCACGACGAUGGCACCAAAAAUCUGUGUGUGUGUGUGCACACAAGAUUAACUUACCUCAGACAUCUCAUAGUGUCGCUGGCCCAAGCUCGAGAUAUAGACAAGACGCUGCUUAUCUUCUCACACGAUUACUACGACGAGGAGAUCAACAAUCUAGUGAGGAGUAUUGACUUCACUAAGGUGAUGCAGAUAUUUUAUCCGCAUUCAAUACAAACACAUCCCAACGAGUUCCCCGGAGUAGACCCCAACGACUGUCCUCGGGACGCGAAGUUACAACAGUUGACAAUAAAACUGAAAUGCAACAACGCCCUGCACCCGGAUCUACACGGACAUUACCGCGAGGCGAAAUACACGCAGACCAAACACCACUGGUGGUGGAAAGCGAAUAGGAUAUUCAAUCAGUUGCAGUGUACAGCGAGCCACACAGGUAUGGUUGUAUUUCUCGAGGAAGACCAUUACGUAGCGGAAGACUUCAUCCACAUGAUACAUCUUCUUAUCGCGACCAGGGACAAGGCCUGUCCGCAUUGUGAAAUACUCUGCUUGGGAACAUACCUCAAAACCUACCAGUAUCACAGCACCGCGGACAAGAGAAAGAAGCAAAUAGCGCUGAGUUACAUACAGCAGGUGAGGGCCGUGAGCGAGGAGAGGAGGCGGCGCCACGAGAACUGGAACUACCAAGUGUAUCCCAACCUAUACGGGAGCACGCAGAAGGUGGAAAUAACGCCAUGGCAUUCCAGCAUGCACAACAUGGGCUUCGCGUUUAACAGGAGCGUGUUUGAAGACAUAGUGUCCCUUCAUCAUCAGUUUUGUGAUUACGAUGAUUACAACUGGGACUACUCCUUGCUCCACCUCUCACAGAACCGGAAAGGGAAGGACAAGUUCAAGGUCAUCUUGUGCAAGGGCCCGCGAGUCUUCCAUAUAGGCGAGUGCGGCAUCCACCACAAGAAGUCCAACUGCAACGCGUCGGUCGUGAUAGGGAAGGUCCAGAAGCUGUUGUUGGAGGCGCGACCUCAGAUGUACCCCGCGCGGGUCGCGGCCACCGUGACCUCGGGCGGCGCGAAACAUAACAAGAAGCUGAUUAAAGGGAACGGGGGCUGGGGGGAUCUGAGGGACCGCGAGCUCUGCUCCAACAUGACGAAGAUCGGCAGACAGAUGAAGAAGUACUUUUAUGCGUAA